AAUAAAUACAGGAUUUGAAUAAACACGACAUCGACACAAGUGCCCGGCUGUUCGCCAUUGUUGUAAGAUUUGGAUUAGGGAACCGAGUAGUUCAGCGAACUGCGCAUUGGUGUCGAAAGGUGCCUUAUCUCCUGUGGCUUGAUAUUCGGCUGUUCCGAUAAGGCACCUUUACAUUAGCUACAAGCCAUGCGCCUUUCGAGUUCCCCCCUAUCCCCCCCAGCUCACUUCUAACCCUCAAUCAUGCAGAGACGGAGAACCAUGCCUCGUCAACGGACCCAUGUCACAAUUGACGCCCCUGGGCCCGGACCAUCGGCAGAAAAACGUCACCAAGAACGAAUCGAGCAAUACCAGAGCCACUGGCAUGAGUUAACUAUGGAUUUGCCCCAGCAACUGUCCCGAAGACACAGUGAGCUUUUGGGCCUCCCCCAGAGUCUGAGUCCGUCUGGAAUUGAUCGCAUGUUUCAAAUGAAAUAGUCUCCAUGAUUUCAAUGGUGAGCUUUCCUAUAUGGUAAUCGCAUCCUUGACAAAUAUUCUUCAGGCCGGGGCCAUAGGGACUGGAGUCUUUGUAGGAAUCGCGCAGGCGCUCCGGCAUGGCGGGCCAUUGGGGAUGCUGCUCGGUUACACCAUCAUGGGAACUGUUGUAUACGGAGUAGUAGUAUCU